GAAUUCUAUAGAAUUUUUCGAGUUUGUCGAGAGACGGCGUUCGAAUAGCAGCUCCACGUAAAACGUUCGCCAACAAACAUAAUCGUAUUCCAUAUUUGGAUUAGUCUUAAUUAUAUAGAAUUCAAAGUUUAUAAGACGCAAAACAAUGCAGCUAACAAGUGGCCGGACAGGUUUUCUGGCCCUCUUGGUUCUCGGACUGCUGAGCUGCGUGUCCGCCUACAAUUAUCUGGUGGUGCUCCACACUGCCGCACGCUCCCACUACCACGUGGGAUCCGCCCUGGCCAAGGGACUGGCCGGUGCCGGUCACCAGGUUACCCUCGUUUCGCCCUUUGAACUGAAGAAACCGAUCAAGAAUAUUAAAGAUGUGACAGUGAAGGCUAUUUUAAAAGCAAUGCAGGGCAGUAUGUCCAACCUGUUGGAAUCGUCAAAGGAACCGAUAAUUAAACAGAUUCUUGGAUUCCACAACAUGGGCUUGAAUAUUACGGAAGUGCUAUUGAGUGAUCCCGCCGUGGUUGAGCUGAUGAAAUCUAAUCAGACUUACGAUGCCGUCAUAUCAGAGGUAUUCCUCAACGAAGCGCACUUUGGAUUGGCGGAGCACUUCAAUGCUCCACUGAUAGGGCUGGGAACUUUUGGCGCCAUCAGCUGGAAUACGGAUCUGGUUGGCACUCCUUCACCGCCGUCAUAUAUUCCCCAUGCGCUGCUGAAAUUUAGUGACCAUAUGUCACUCGCCGAGCGAGUCGGAAACCUAGCCUUUGUCACCUACGAGUAUUUGUUUUUGAACUAUUUCUACCUGCCCCAUCAGGAGGCUCUCUACCUCAAGUUCUUCCCCAACAACAAGCAGAAUUUCUACGAAAUGCGAAAGAACACAGCUUUGGUGCUUCUGAACCAGCAUGUUUCCCUUAGUUUUCCACGGCCCUAUUCCCCCAACAUGAUCGAAGUGGGCGGCAUGCACAUCAACAGGAAGAGGCAACCCCUUCCCGAGGACAUUGAAAAGUUCAUUGAAGAGGCCGAACAUGGUGUCAUAUACUUUUCAAUGGGAUCCAACCUUAAGAGCAAGACCCUACCUUUAGAAAAGCGACAGGCUCUCAUCGACACUUUCGCGCAACUGAAGCAGCGCGUUCUAUGGAAGUUUGAGGAUCCAAAUCUACCCGGAAAACCCGAUAAUGUCUUUAUCUCAGAUUGGUUCCCACAGGACGACAUACUGGCCCACGAUAAAGUCCUUGCAUUCAUUACCCAUGGAGGUCUCCUAAGUACUACCGAAUCCAUCUACCACCGCAAACCCUUUGUGGGAAUUCCGAUUUUCGGAGAUCAAUUCUUGAACAUGGCUCGCGCUGAGCAAAAUGGCUAUGGAGUGACCGUGAACUACGAGGAUUUGACAAGCUCUAACCUUUUAUCGGCCAUUAAGCGCCUUUUGAGUGACCCAGAGGCCACCAAGAAGGUGCGUGACAUGUCUGACAGGUAUCGAGAUCAGCUACAAACUCCACUGGAACGAGCUGUUUUCUGGGUGGAGCAUGUGAGUCGGCACAAGGGUGCCAAGUAUCUGAGGAGCGCCUCACAGGAUUUGAACUUUAUCCAGUACCACAAUCUGGAUGCCAUACUGAUCCUCUACGGCGGCAUCCUUUUCGUCCUGUAUUGCCUGUUCAAGCUGAUUGGCUUUAUGUUCCGACUGUUGCAGGAAUUGUUUAUCAAAAAGGAAACUCCGAAGUCGAAGAAAAAAGCAAAGCAGAAUUAAGAGAAAGUCAUAUUUGACUCUUGUACUAGGAAAAGUUUUUGAAACAAUUAUAGAGAUUUUCGUGUAUUUAUUAUUGGUGCUUUGUCCAUUGCUGUAGGGUUUUUGUUAAUAAGUACAAUGUAUUAUAUACAAUAAUAUUUUAAUACAAAUAAUUUUAAACAUAAAUAAAUCAUUGUAAAGAUAAAUUUAAGUAGCUUAUGUAACUUUGGCAUUAACGCGUUUGACGAUUAUAUUUCAGCUAAUACCCAAGUUUAGGAGUGGCUAAAGAAGGUGGCUAAGGAAGGCGAUAAAAAAACCCAUUUCUUUGUAUGGGAGGAAGAUAAGAGCUAUAUGAUCAACAAUUUUGACUUUUUUUAAUCUUGA